CGUGAUAAAUAGAAAGAAGAAAAAAACUCACCUCUGACUGUUUGUUUAGUGCUUCAUGUGGCACGCGUCCGGCGCGCGCAACGCACCGGCACCGGGGCAGGAGCCCAAGGUGAAUCCACGCGACCAGAGGGCGUGGCCAGUGCGCCAUCCAAACGUAUUGAAAAGCAGUGGCGUCUUUCCUCGAGCGCUCAGAGCAGCUUUGAGGAGCGCGCGAGGCAGCAGCCCUACGGACUGCCCCCACUGAAACAAGUGCGCGUCAAGCGGCCACACCACGUGAACGGCACGAGCGGGACGCACCGCCUCGAGACUCUGUGAUUCUUUAUAACUUUGUGGUUUUUGUUUUUUUUUUUGAACUGGGAAUGGACCUCACAGCCAAGAUGGAAAUUAACGUCAGUCAGCAGCAGCUGAUGCCGCCCGCUUGUUUCUUUUCCGCCGCGGCGGCGCAGAGCAUCCAGCUGAGCCCCAGCGGCAGCAGUCAGAGCAGCGGGAAGUCGGUGUCCAAGCAGCCCAAGAGGCAGCGCUCCUCCUCUCCGGAGCUGCUGCGCUGCAAGCGGAGGCUGAACUUUGCGGGUUUUGGCUACAGUCUUCCGCAGCAGCAGCCGCACGCUGUGGCCCGGAGGAACGAGAGGGAGCGCAACCGGGUGAAACUGGUCAACAACGGCUUCGCCACACUGCGGGAGCACGUCCCCAACGGCGCCGCCAACAAGAAGAUGAGCAAAGUGGAGACGCUGCGCUCAGCCGUGGAGUACAUCCGCGCACUGCAGCAGCUACUGGACGAACACGACGCGGUGAGCGCGGCGUUUCAGUCCGGCGUCCUGUCGCCCACCAUGUCGCAGGGAUAUUCCGCUGACAUGAACUCCAUGGCGGGUUCACCGGUGUCCUCCUACUCAUCCGACGAGGGCUCCAUGGAACCCCUCAGCCCGGAGGAACGGGAACUGCUGGACUUCACCAACUGGUUCUGA